AUGGAAGACGAUGAACGUCCACGACUUGGUUGUCGAUUAAAUUAUGUUCGUAAACUACCUGGCAUGUUAAAACUCGUUCAACUUGCUUGCAGUUUCAUUGCAAUAAUAUUAGUUGCAGUAGCACCAACUCUUACCUAUAGUGGUAAUAAAGGAUUUUUUCUAUUUGUUUCUAUAGUAGCUAUUUCUAUAACAACAAUUCUUUUAUUAAUGGCGUUAAUUAAUCUACAAGCUGUUUUUAUACCUGAACGUUGGUCUCUCAUUGAAUUAUGUUGGUGUGCAUUUAUUGCCUUAUUUUAUUUCAUUGCUGGUAUUGUUAUUGCAACGGCUACAAAUGGUAAUGCUCUUUAUGGAGCUGCUGCGUGUUUUGGUUUCGCAGCUUGCAUUGCCUAUAUAGUUGAUUUUAUCAAUCGUAUUCGUUUACGUCGAGCUGAAGAAGCUAGUGAAAACACAGAAACAACAGUCACAAAAACGACGACGACAACAACAGUUACUCGUCAACAACCAGUUUAUUAA